UUUUGAAGCACAAAGCUCUCUUCACAACCACUUUUUUAUUAUUAUUCUCACCGCUAAAUUUCAUAGCCACUAAAUGUUUGAAAUCGAUCCCAAUUCGCAGUCCAACCUCGAUGAGGUGACAACCUCGCAUGUGCACCUGGAUGUCGCGGUUGAUUUUGGAGGCAAGGUGCUGCGAGGCUCCGCGGCGCUCAACAUGCAGGCACUGAAGCACACUCAGGAGGUCGUCCUGGACAGUGCGCACCUGGUGGUCAAGAGCGCCAGCCUGGUUGAUGCUGCGGGCCAGACAACAGCGCUCAGCUUUGACACGAGCACGAAGCACAAAAUAUACGGCACUGCACUGCGCAUGGCACUGCCGGAGCCGGUGGCCGCGGGCGACAAGUUCCGUAUUGUUAUUGAAUACGAGACGACGUCCAAGGGAGGUGCCAUCCAGUUUUUGACGCCCGAGCAAACACUGGGCAAGUCAUAUCCCUACCUAUUCACGCAGUGCGAGGAGAUCCACGCGCGCAGCAUGUUCCCCUGCCAGGAUAGCCCGUCAGUCAAGAUUGCCUACUCGGCCGAGGUGCAGGUCCCCAAGCCGCUGACGGCGCUGAUGAGUGCCAUUUCUAGUGGCAGCCGCGAUGUCGGCGACGCGAGGGUGUUCAGCUUUGAGCAGAAGAUUACAAUCCCAUCGUACCUGGUGGCCCUGGUCGUGGGUAACCUGGCGAUGGCCAAGGUCAGCGAUCGGUGCGCCGUGUGGUCCGAGCCCGAGAACCUGGACGCCUGCGCGUGGGAGUUUGCCGAGAUGGAGAACAUUCUGCAGACCGCCGAGGACCUCAUCACGCCGUACGUAUGGGGCCGCUAUGACCUUCUUGUGUUGCCCCCUUCGUUCCCGUUCGGCGGCAUGGAGAACCCCUGCCUGACGUUUGUCACGCCUACCCUGCUGGCCGGCGACCGCUCACUGACCGACGUCAUUGCGCACGAGAUUGCGCACAGCUGGUCGGGCAAUUUGGUCACAGCCAAGAACUGGGAGCACUUCUGGCUGAAUGAGGGCUGGACUACGUACUUUGAGCGCAAGAUCGUGGCCCGCCUCAGUGGCGAAGACGCACGCCAGCUCAGCUGCGUUAUUGGUGAGGCCGACCUACUAGAGUCUGUUGAGUUCUAUGGCAAGGAUAGCCCGCUCACAGCGCUGGUGCCCAAGUUGGACGGCGUGGAUCCCGAUGAUGCCUACUCGACUGUCCCGUAUGACAAGGGUGCGCAUCUGCUGUAUUACCUCGAGCUGAUUUUGGGUGGCCCCAACGUGUUUGAGCCCUACAUGCGUGCCUACAUCAACGAGUUCCAGGGCAAGUCAAUCGACACGCAGGAUUGGAAGGACUUUUUGCUGUCCUACUUUGCCAGCCACGACCCAGCCAAGCUGGAGCUCUUGAACCAGGUAGCGUGGGACUCGUGGUUUAGCGCUCCCGGCAUGCCGCCUGUUGGAAACAAGUAUGACGAAAGCCCGCAGAAGGUGUGCCUGGACCUGGCCGACCGCUGGAUCAAGGCCGCAGAGACCGCUGACUACAGCCAGUUCUCGCCCAAGGACAUGGAGGUGUUUUCGACAAUGCAGUCAGUAAUCUUCUUGACACGCCUUGCCGAAAGCUCACCAUUGAAGGAGGACACGCUGGCUGCGCUUGACAACACAUACAAGCUGACCGGCUACCGCAACUGCGAGGUCAAGUUUAGCUGGCUGUCACUCGCGCUAAAGUCCAACCACAUGGCUGUCAUCGACACUGUCACUAAUAUGCUGUCGACACAGGGCCGGAUGAAGUACACGCGCCCGCUCUACCGCUUGCUGCACGCAUGCCCCGGCUACAAAGAGUUUGCCGAGCAGCUCUUCGAGGAGCUGCGCGGGUUCUAUCACCCCAUUUGCGCGCGCAUGGUUGAAAAAGACCUUGGUCUGUAAUCUAAUACAAGGGGCGACGAUGUGUGCGCCUGAUUACAUUUAUGUUGCUUGUCAGCAAAAUAUAAAUAUAAAUAUAUGUGGCAGCAGUCGAAUUGUGCGAUAAUUAGCCGUUCUCGCUU